AUGACUAGUCAAACCAAGCACAUGGUCAGCAUCGAGAAAAGAACAAUGAGCCAUGAAGAAGUUGACGGUAUUCUGCGUCUCAUGACUCCUCGUCCAAGGAUAGAGACUUCGGAUCACUUUUGGUACAUUUCCAGUUACACUCCCGAGUGGCCGUAUCUAUCAGAUACUAAGCAGGCUGAUCCCUGA